CCUGCGGGGCGGAGUGGCGAGGCGCGGGCGACCGCCUGCUCCAGCCUGCUGGCUUCACCCGCCGCCGCUGCCUCGGCUUUCGCGCGAGGUGAGAUCUUCCUCCCUUUUGGGAGACUUGCGAGGAGACCUGCAUUUUCUCCCCCGCCUCCGCGAAGGUUAAGAGCCCGUUGAAUAGAGACGUCAGAGGAGAUUAAGUGGACCUUGCACAACUCCUCGGACCUCGCCAGCCUCCCCUUUGGGGAGGGAGACCACAUUUGAGCAUCUCACUGGGGUGCGGGGAUGGAAGAACCCACCUUGCAGCUUUUCUGCAGUGUGGUUUGCCCGAUCUCCUCCCAGGAAUGAAGAGGAGACUUCUGAUAACCUGAUGAAGUCCUCAGAGCCUAAUGGCAGGAAGAUAUCACAGGACAUAAAAGUAACGAUCGUUUGGGAGGCCACCCAGGUUUCCGGAUAUAGUUGGACGAGCGUGAAACAGAUACCCUUUUUAAAAAGCACAACACUCCUGUGAAAGGAGAAACAUUGAGUUUAUUCUUUUUUUUUUUCUUUUGGCCAAGAUUUUGAAAACGGUUCGAUGUCUUGUACAUUUGGUGUAAGAUGAGAACUUUAUAAAGUAUUCCGUCCGAGAGCCUAAACGAUGACUACCCCAGCCCUGCUGCCCCUGUCUGGACGCCGGAUUCCACCUCUGAACCUGGGGCCGCCCUCCUUCCCACAUCACAGGGCCACCUUGAGACUUUCCGAGAAGUUUAUCCUUCUCCUUAUUCUUAGUGCCUUCAUCACCCUGUGUUUUGGGGCAUUUUUCUUCCUUCCAGACUCUUCCAAACACAAACGCUUUGACCUGGGUUUAGAAGAUGUGUUAAUUCCUCACGUAGAUGCCGGCAAAGGGGCUAAAAACCCUGGAGUCUUCCUGAUCCAUGGACCUGAUGAACAUAGACACAGGGAAGAAGAAGAACGUUUGAGAAAUAAAAUUCGAGCAGACCAUGAGAAGGCCCUGGAAGAAGCAAAAGAAAAAUUAAGGAAGUCAAAAGAGGAAAUACGUGCAGAAAUUCAGACAGAGAAAAACAAGGUAGCUCAAGAAAUGAAGAUAAAAGAGAACAAGCCUCUGCCACCAGUCCCUAUUCCAAACCUUGUAGGAAUCAGUGGUGGAGAACCAGAAGAUAGUGACAUAAGAAAGAAAAGGGAAAAAAUUAAAGAGAUGAUGAAACAUGCCUGGGAUAAUUAUAGGACAUAUGGAUGGGGUCAUAACGAACUCAGACCUAUUGCAAGGAAAGGACACUCCACUAACAUAUUUGGAAGUUCACAGAUGGGUGCUACUAUAGUAGAUGCUUUGGAUACCCUUUAUAUCAUGGGACUUCAUGAUGAAUUUCUAGAUGGACAAAGAUGGAUUGAAGACAACCUUGAUUUCAGUGUGAAUUCAGAAGUAUCUGUGUUUGAAGUUAACAUUCGAUUUAUUGGAGGCCUGCUUGCAGCAUAUUACCUUUCAGGAGAAGAGAUAUUCAAGAUUAAAGCAGUACAGUUGGCUGAGAAACUCCUACCUGCUUUUAACACACCUACUGGGAUUCCCUGGGCAAUGGUGAAUCUGAAAAGUGGAGUAGGGCGAAACUGGGGCUGGGCAUCUGCAGGUAGCAGUAUUCUGGCUGAAUUUGGUACACUACAUAUGGAAUUUGUCCACCUCAGCUACUUGACCGGGGACCUGGUUUACUAUAAAAAGGUCAUGCAUAUUCGGAAACUACUUCAGCAAAUGGAUCGUCCAAAUGGCCUUUAUCCAAAUUAUUUGAACCCAAGAACAGGGCGCUGGGGUCAGUAUCAUACAUCAGUUGGUGGUCUGGGCGACAGUUUCUAUGAAUACUUACUGAAAGCUUGGUUGAUGUCAGAUAAAACAGAUCAUGAAGCAAGGAAGAUGUAUGAUGAUGCUAUUGAGGCUAUAGAAAAACACCUUAUUAAGAAGUCCCGGGGUGGUCUUAUCUUUAUUGGAGAAUGGAAGAAUGGACACUUGGAAAAGAAGAUGGGACAUUUGGCUUGCUUUGCUGGGGGAAUGUUUGCACUAGGAGCAGAUGGUUCCAGAAAGGAUAAAGCUGGUCAUUAUUUAGAGUUAGGGGCAGAAAUUGCACGUACAUGUCAUGAGUCUUAUGACAGAACUGCAUUAAAGCUAGGUCCUGAAUCAUUCAAGUUUGAUGGUGCAGUGGAGGCUGUGGCUGUCCGACAGGCUGAAAAGUAUUAUAUCCUCCGUCCAGAAGUAAUUGAAACCUAUUGGUACCUAUGGCGAUUUACUCAUGAUCCAAGAUACAGGCAGUGGGGCUGGGAAGCAGCACUGGCUAUUGAAAAGUACUGCCGGGUCAGUGGUGGAUUUUCUGGAGUCAAGGAUGUAUAUUCCUCUACUCCUACACAUGAUGAUGUACAGCAGAGCUUCUUUCUUGCUGAAACAUUAAAAUAUUUGUAUCUGCUCUUUUCUGGUGAUGACCUUUUACCUUUAGACCACUGGGUGUUUAACACAGAAGCUCACCCUCUGCCUGUGUUACAUUUAGCCAACAUCACACUUUCAGGUAAUCCUGCUGUUCGAUGAAAGCAGCUCCAGAAGGAACAGUCUUACCUGUGUUUUGUUUACAUGGACCACUACAGAAACUAGCUUGGAGAGGCGGCUUUUGAAAAUCUGGACCUCUAAGUCAACAUGACAGGGUGAAACUUCCCCACAAGACUUUUCAACUUGUAGAUAUAUCAACUUUGAAAUUAUUCCAUUUUAUACCUGACCAAAACAUGUUCUGGUACAUGUAGGACAGAGACCUGAUGUGCUUUGAUUCUUAAUGAGAUGGUCACACAAGAAGCAAUGCCCAUUACUGCUGUAUUACAAGAGCAAGCCAAGGACAUAGAGCACCUUGCAGGAAUUAGAGAUGGCUUUUGGAACCAAUUAUAUAAUUUGUUUCAUCUCACAGUGGAGCAGCUUUCAAAUCAGAUAUUUACACAUUGAUUAUCCCUUUUUCUCCAUUUUAAUAAUGGAAUAAGCUAAGAUAAACAAAAACAAAAGAACAGUGUAACUGCAUCAGGAGCAAGAAGACUCAAAAAAGAAACAGAAGUACCUAUCCCUGUCUGAAUUUUGAAGUUCCCCAUUGGAUGAACAGACUGGCAACCAUUUCAAUCCCAAUGUUUUCAUUGAAAUUUCUUGGUUAAAUUUAAUUUUUCCUGGGGCAUGAUCUCACAAAGAAUACUCUUCAAGUCUUUUUCUCUAUCUGGUAUCACUGAAAUUGCUAUUUAUCAUAACCACUACUUAUGAGCCUGGGUUUGGGAUUUUGUGCAUGUAGUUCAGUCUAGUGUUGGUAGCAUGACAAAAAGAGAUGGAAGUGCCAGUGUGUUGCCUUGACACCUGUUCUUAGAGAAAUUUUUGGUUUUGUUGGUAAGAAAUUAUUCUUCUAAACCAACACAUCUACCAACUAAAUUUUAUUCACUUUAAUCUCAGAGUCAGUCAGCUUACAACUUUACGUGGCUUGACAAAAUUCACUCUAAUAUUAUGCAGCUCUGAAUUUGCUAUGUUACUUUUACAAUUUAGAAAAACAAAAACAAAACACAGUGAAACUCCUUAAACGUUCUAUCAGGAAUGGGGACAGGGGACCCUUUAUUUAUUAUUUCAUCAAAUGAGUGAGCUGUUCACAAAUAUUUUUGUUGUUUUUAGUUUUUCCAAGAAUAUUUAUAGACUCCAAAGAGUUAAUCAGAAUAACUUCAAAAUAAUUUUUGGUGAAAAGAGUGUAAUUAGUCAUAUUACACUGAAAUUGGGAUAUAUCUAAAGGUCUUUCUUUUACUAUUAGUAGAUUUUGCAUUGAUUUAAAAAAAAAAAACUAUUUCUUUAUAUAUUGGCAGAAGAAACAAAUUUUAUCAAGAAUUAUAUAGUAUAAGGUAAAUACUAAUACUUAUAAAUUUUCUGUCCCUUGAAUUUCUGUGACAGUGCAAGACACUUUUUUCCUCUUGAUUUUAUAUAUUUUCCACUGACAUUAAUAAAAGUUGGAAACAAUAUUAUUAGUAUUUACUCUGAAUUUGAAUAUUUUAUGAAACAAGUUUGUACAGGAAGUCCACCUUGGAAUUCUGAAAGCUUAUUCCUUAUUCAGUAGCUUGACUUUUUAACCCUCUAAUUAGCAUGUAGUAUAUUUAAAUUGGGAAAAAAUUUAAUAAAUUAAUUAAACAUUUUCUAAGGGUGAUCAUUUUAUACCACAAUCAUCAGACAAUCCUCAUAGUUCAGCCAAUGAUUCAUAAAUGAUAGCCAUUCCAAAAUUGUUUAGUGUACAUAGAAAAUAAGGAUGUAGAGCCAGUUAUAUUAAGUUUCUAAGAGGAUUAAAUUUAUUAUCUUCUACUAUUUGAAAACUUAAAAGUUCUUGCAAAGGGUAGAUGAUGUAAUUUUAGAAGAGAAAGGGAGUAUUUGAUUCUCAGAAAAAAUUAGCCUUCCUCCUAAAAUUAGCACAAGCCCACUUAUGAGUCACUGAAAAAAAGUAAAAAUCUUGAGUUGGCAAAGACCCCGCAUAUGUGUGCAGAUAGCAGCAAUCUCCCCUGCCCCUCCCCCUUCUUUCUAGAAGAGUGCAGAGUAAAGGGACCAUGCUGACUCCCUAGGUACUCCUCACCAGAGAAGACAGAACCCCUAACCCAAGUGCCCUAUAUUACUUGGAUGACUGGAGUUUAAGAGAAGGCAAGGAAGUGUAUAAGCAGAGCCAGUUCCGUUACAAAGAAUUUGAGAGGGACCAUGGAAGGGUCUUCUUCACCACUCCCUACCUUCUUUGUGAUGAUAAGUCUAGAGCUUACAACAGUGCUUUUUCUUCUCUGAAUACCAAAGGCAAUUAAAGUCAGAUACAAAUGACUUGCCAGUGUCAUGUUUUGUUUUUGUUAAAGAUUUUGUAAAUAACUUCCACUGAGAUCAAUCUUUACCCCAUAUUUUGCUUAGUUUCCAAGAGUAUUCUUUACUCUCUUCUGUCCUUAUUGCCCUUUGCAUUUUGUAGAUUUUAUUACUCAGGUUCAGAACUCAUUACAUUUAUAAGACCUCCUGCAAAGAUCCCAGAAAUGUUCCUUUUCAGGUGCCUCCUCAAAGAGCUGACCCCUCACUUUGUGCCUGUGGCACAGUUGUGCAGAACAGCUAGAUGGGUUGGUACAUAAAAAAAGAAAAGAAACAGAGAUAUUGGACACCUUCUACAUUUAUCUCUCUUUAUCUUAGAAUCACACUUUUUGGUUCAAACCAGAUUUUUUGUUUUGUUUUAUUGUUUUCUAUUCAACCAGUUGAAGUUGUUAAAACCAAGGGAAUGGGCCCUAACCAAAAAGAGUCUCAGUGCAGAAAAAUAAGUCCCCAGUCAGGGGGUUGUUACUUUCUGGUGGGUUGCACAUGUUAUGUCUAAUGCCAACUCAUUCCUGUCUUUGAGCAGAUGUGUCACUAUGUGAAAUCUUAUCAACCUCUCACCUUCUCCAUUCUCCAUUGCCAAAGUAUUUUAUCAAAACUCAAAAUUUGUUCAUAAAAGAUUACGCUUGCCAUUCUCAUUAUAAUGCAGUUUAUCCUUAAGCCUGAGUUUAUUUGAAUGAAUGCAUGAGUAAAUGAGAGAAUGAGUGGGAACUUGGGACAGAGUACUGAAUAUGUGCCAGCAUUGUGUCUGGCACUUCCAAGCAUUAUAACAUUUUGUGUGAUUCUAGUGGCAUUUUCUGUAUGAGAGUAGAUAAUACCAUUUUAAGUGUUUUCCAAUAUGAAUCAUGUUACAAAAUCCUUAAUUUUAUAUUUCAUUUAAAUUAAAGAGGAAAAGAAAGGUUUAUAAUAUAUUUUAAACAAUGUGUUACUAUAUAAUACUAACAACUAUAAUUGUAGCUAAUAACUAAAGUCUUGGAAAAUAUCAAAGAAAUAUUUGAUUUCUGAUGCAAUUUUGACUAAAAUAUUUACUUUAGAAAUAAAUAAAAACAUUCUUAUUUUGCUAUAUCACUAUAAUUACAUAAUUAAAAUCAAUAUUUUAUAGAAGUGCUGGUUAUUUUAUAUUCAAAGGUUUUGUCACUUCAUUCAUGGGUAAAACUUGUAGGUGUAAAUUGUCUUUGCUCUGGUAUGCUUCCUACUAGUGGUAGUACCCAUGUUCUUAAAUAUAAAGAAAAAUAUACUAAGAUAUUUCUUAAGUUCCAAGUAAUGGUUCCUAGUAAUAAUAUUUGGAGUUCUUACUUUUCUUUAGGUUCCUUUACUCUGAAAUUGGCUAGCUUCUUAGGCAGUCUUUACAUAAAUAUGUACACAUAUCCAUAAAUACAGUUAUAAAGAUAUUUAAUACUGUCAGUUACACAUACAGUUGUAACUUGUUUUGGCCUCACAGAUUAUCAGCAGAAUCUUUAAGUAACCACAGAUGAUACGGAAAUAUUUUCAUCCACUUAUCUGUUUCAAGAAUUGUGAUGAAGAUGAUUUUCUGCUACUUCAGCUCAUUCAGAUCAUGAUGGAGAUGUUCUUUUUUGAUUCAUAUGUAGUUGAGAAGCUUUUCUGUAAAGGGCCACAUAAUAAAUACUCAAGGCUAUGUAAUCCAUAAAGUCUCUUUUAUUACUUAAUGCUGCAGUUGAAGUGUGAAAGCAGCUAUAGAUAAUAUGUAAAUGAAUGGUGGUAGCUGUGUUCUAAUAAAGCAUUACUUACAGAAACAGAUGGAGGGCUGGAUUUGGCCUGUGGGUCAUAGUUGCUGGCCCUGAUCCCAAGCCUAAUUUGUGUAAGACCAUCUAACCUUUGGUCUGUAUCUUUUCUAUGUGUUUUGACUUAUAUAUUAUUCAUUUUUAAAGCAAAAAGAUGUGUGUAUGUUCACUUGUCUGUGUUUUGUUACCCAAAGCUGUAUCUUUCAUUGUCUUUACUCUUCUGGAGUCUGUUCAGGUUUCAAGAUAAUAUGACUAUACUCAAGAGGCGGAAUGGGGUGGGGAGUAUGCUAUCAACCAUUAUCUUCACUUGUUAUUUUAAUGCCAUAUUUCCAGAUUCCCUAUGUAGAAAAGGUAUAUGUGGCAUAAAAAUACUCUUUUCUUUGAAGUUCCGGCCUAUUCGUUGACCCUUGGACCAGGACUCUGGAUUGCUGGAGCUGCAGAAAUGUAUCCACUUAGGUACUCAGAACAAAAAUAUGAUAGAAUUCCUAAUCUUGGUGCUGCAGAAACUAAUCUUUUGAAAAUUUUUAGGCAACAGAAAAUGGGUUAUGUGCCUCAUUUAAGGGUAUUACUCCUGUUACCUCGAGAACAGCCUGAGUUUGAGGAGUAUGGAGAAAAAUGUAUCUAAAAGAAGUGCUUUCUUCCAUCCUUGUAUACCUCUCCACAGUACCUUUCCAAGUCACUAACACUAUUUCAGAAUAUCAGUAUGCAUCAUUUUUCAAUUAAAGCAUUCCCCAGCUUCAACUUUAUACUUCCACUACUUAACAGCUAAUCUAUUUCAAACUUGGUUUGAGCCCAGCAAUUGAAGAACUCAUAAAAUUGCUCACAAAAUUACAUAACAUUAUAUUAACUAGCCACAUACGUUCCAUAUACCAAUCAUCCUGACAGAUAAUAGAUUUUUCACUGAAAGUUUAUUAAAUAUUUCACUUUUUUUUUAAUUCUAGGGGAGGGAAAGAUGAUUCAGACUGAAAGAGCACAGAGAUGUCUCUCUUCUGCAUUAUAAAUAUGCUGCCCUUUCAGGUCCAUCCUACUAUAAGGUUGCUUCAGCUCAGCGUGAAUGUAAAUUUGAUACUAAAACACAUACACCCACAUACAUUCAUAUUAAUAUGCACAGGCUUUUAAACAAUUUCAAAUAUCUUGCAGCUAUUUGAAUGCUACAGAAUUCUGUUGCAAAUUGCAUACCAGAAAUUUUCAUGAAGAUAAGCUUAGCUCUUUGGGAAAAAUUAUUUUUUUAGAAAAUUUAGGGAUUAGUUUUUGCUGGAUUAAUUGAAAUGCCCCAAAUUUUAAUUACUGGUUUUGAAAAUUGAAAUGCUAUUCUUUAAUCUUUCUGUUGUCAAAUUCACUGAUAAACUUGUUCCUUAAACUAAUAAGUGGGGUAAGUAUAACCUCCUAAAUUGGAACCCACUGGCUGCCCCUGAAUUGGUUUCCAAUCAUGUCCUCCAUAAUGUGAUUUUUACAAAUCAAAGGUAAUAUUGUAUAUUAAAGAUCAAAUAAAGAUGUUCUUUAAGUGAAAA